UAUCUUAAACCGCCGUAGAGAGGUGGAGCCGUUAAGAUUUUAAUAUAUAAGCAAAACGGAAAAUGGACUCAAGCACUCAAAGCUGCGCACACCAACAUGAAUAAGAUACAGGUAUUCGCCAUUGUGUUGAUUGCAGUUGCAUCUGGGGAGGAAGCGAAGAAACAGGAAAAACGUGGUCUUUUAGGAUUGGGGUAUGGACAUGAUGGAUUAGGGCUCGGCGGGUUAGACGUUUUGGGAGGUCACAAUGGUUUGGGUAUUGGAGGAGGUGCAGGCGGAUUAAUUUCGGCUGGUUUGGGAGGCCUGGCGUUAGGAGUCAAUACCGUUACGACUAUUAACAGAGCUGUGCCCAUCCCAGUGCCACAACCGGUACCUGUUACAGUUAACCGCCCCAUACCAGUGCCAUUUCAAGUCCCAGUGCCGGUUGAUGUUCCGAGAGCAGUUCAUGUACCUGUGCCUCAACCAAUUCCUGUUCCCGUUAAUAGGCCUGUUCCAGUUCCAGUACCACGUCCAGUUCCGGUACCGGUACCGAGUCCCGUUCCCGUUUCAGUACCUCAACCUAUCCCAGUUCCAGUACCACAACCGGUGCCUGUUCCAGUUCCCCAACCCGUCCCGGUCAGUGUACCACAACUCGCCCAACCAGUAGCUACAGCCGGCGCCGGAUUGUUAGGAGCUGGACUCGCAUCGGCCCCCGGACUGUCCGGAGCUGGGCUUGCAGCUGAACUAGGAGCCGGUUUGGGCCAUGGAGCAUUGGCAGCUGGUUAUGGUUCCCUUGAUUUAACACAUGGUUCAUUCGCUUUGGGGCACGGAGGUGCAAGUUUAGGACAUGGAGCAAUUGGUUUCGGUCACGGCUCCCAUGUAUGGUGAUUUACCAUUGACUGUUAGUUAAGUUCGUGUACAGAAAAUAGUACCUUGCUGGCUUUGUACAAUUUAUUUCUAAAUAAAUUUUGUAAAA